UCACAAGUUGGUACAUUUCAAACAAACAGCUGGCACGUCACUUUCAAGUGUCAACAAUCUACUUGCGGCCUUGCUAUAGCAUGCGUACUUGCGGAUGCCUGCAGUAUAUUAUGGUGAAACGCCAUGGUUCACGGUGUUUUUGUUGCGAUCUUAAAGUUAUUGUCGUUGAAUGCAUAUGCAACCGGUAGAUUGAACUCGAUUCUCCCAGGUGUCUGAAAACUGUAAAGUGUGACGUUCCUCAAAAAAGUCGUUAGGUUAAAUAUGUUUUCAAAGAAAUCAUUGUUCUAAUUUGUAUAUGCUGUUGAUUUAUCUUGUUUUUUGGUGUGAUUUUGAUUGUAAUAUGGCUGGAGAUCUGAGAUCAGUGUGGUCUACAACAUCAACCUACGACUUGCAUAAACGUCUUAUCAACCAAUACAUUUUGUGCCGACCAGGAGCUACUACACAACUUAAACGAGACACAAGCCGCGACAGACGUGACAUAGAUGUUAUACGUGAAAACCACCGUUUUCUUUGGGAUGAAAACGAAGGUUCUCUUUCAUGGGAAGCCAAGUUGGCACGGAAAUACUACGACAAACUUUUUAAAGAAUAUGCAAUUUGUGACCUGACCCAUUUCAAAAGUAACGUGGUUGCAAUGAGGUGGAGAGUUGAGAAAGAAGUAGUCAGUGGCAAGGGACAGUUUUCUUGUGGUGAAAAACAUUGCUCAAAUUCAGAAGAUCUUCGAACAUGGGAAGUUAAUUUUGGCUACUUGGAGAAAGGGGAAAAGAAAAACGCUCUUGUUAAAAUACGACUGUGUGAAGAAUGUUCAGUGAAACUGAACUCUACUAAAAAACAUAAAGAAGUUACCAAAAGUAAGAAAAACACAAAGCAAACUAAAAAGCGAAAUAUUAUCACAGACCAAGAAGUCAGUGUUGGAGAGACUAAGAAAAUAAAAACUGAAAAAGUGGAUGAAGUCAUUAAUGAAGACGCAAGGACAGUAAAUGAUGAUGAAGAGAGAGCUGCAUGGAGAGGUGUUGGUGAAUUGCCUGAAGAAAAAUCAAGAGAGGAAGAAUUUAAUGAUUACUUGCAAGAUUUAUUUUUGUAAAUAUUGUUCAAGUACAGCAUUAUACAAUAUUUAUGUAUUACAGUUUUCUGUACAUUUCAUAGACAUGUAGUCAAGCUACAUCAAACCAUUAAAAUAGCUCUUUUUUAAUACUGUAUUGAUUAAUUCAAUACCUUCCACAAAGUAUGUGUAAAUAAGACUUGUUUCACAACUUCACUCAGCAUCUAUGCUACGCAAAUAAUCAUUAUAUUUUAUAACAGCUCUCUCCUGUUCAUAAGUCUCUACAGAACCCGGUCGCAUCAUUCGGAUGGUUAUCAUAGCACGUUCAGGAGACUGAUUAUGAAAGUGGACCAAAUAACAUGCUGCCAUCACACCAGUUCUUCCGCGGCCCAUACGACAGUGGAUUCCUACAGGCUUUUCUGCUAUAAUACAUCUCUGGCAUAUGUCUAUAAAUUUUUUUAUCUGGCUUAUUGUUGGGGCUUCAAACUCUUUUAUGGAUAUUUCUGUCCAUCCCAAGCCUGGGAAAGAAUGUAUCGGAGGUCUCUUCUCGGGAGAUAAAGUAAUGAGGUGUCUAAUACCUUGAUCAAGGAGAAACCGAAUAUUUGCAGGUGUUUGAGGCCAAGCCAUUGCCGCCAAUUUUUUCUCCACUACCCAAGAAAAAUUCCACGGCGAAUAACUUGCUUCGCCUUCAUCGGCCAUGGUGAGAACUUAACCAAGUGCAAUCACGCUUGAAAAAAUUAGUUGACAAUUACACACGUAUUACGCUAAUACUUUAACCGUUUCCUCAUUAGAGACACAGGUACAUUAUAUACAUUUUUGUUACAAAAUAACUAUGCCACAAAGCUAAAUAACAGUCUGUUGUAAUUGAAUUUGGCUUUUAUUCUGAAGUAUAAUAUUUACAAAUGACUUAAAACGUUUUACUACACCAAAUCAUUUAUAUUAUAGAAUGCAUGCCAUAGUAUUUAUAGAGAUGUUGUAUUUUUAUGCACUACUCUACUAACUACGGCCCCACCAUCUAGCGAGCAUCGCCAUACUCACGUGAAUGAGGAAACACGAACACGAGAAAACAAUAUCCGCACCUGGCUUAUACUAAUGAAAUAAAUAAAUCGUAACUAUUAUUAAAACUAACGAUUUACGUGUUUCUGUUCAUACAAGUACUCCCACAAUUUUUCGAGCUUGUCACAUGUAUUAAACGCGCGAGCGUCUUGCGCCAAAGAGUAGCCCAGUUUUUUGGAAUCGCCGGGAAGUUUCAUGCACAUAUGAAAUAGUACUUCACUAAGAACUAAUCAUUAUCUGGUGUCUUAACUGGGCUUCGCGAUAAUUGACGCUGAUCUAAAAAUUAGCACAACCCGGCCAACUUAAAUUAGAUUGAGCUUAAUAUAGCUAUGAUCUAUCUCAAGAAUCCCUGAUUCUUAAUGCUUAACUUCAAGGUAAAUACAGACCGUUCUUUACGCUCAAUUCCCGGGUAGCACACAAACGAUAAACCGAAGAUACAUGCGAUUGCGCAAUGUUACUCCUACAAACAGAGCACACGUUUCCACGCAGUGAACAUAACUGAGUUCUUGGAAGUGUUUAAUUUCGCAAUGUCAGUAACUGAAUGUAAUAUUUGAGUCACGUAACAAAUGUUAACAUUAUCAGUUCGAACACGCUAAACAAAAACAAAUUGAUUGUACUAAAAAUAUUUAUAUCUUUAAAAUUAUAUUCACAAAUCUGAUACACA